UUUUCCAUUUUUGAGCAAAAAAGAUUAUGAAUAACAAAAGUCUGCAAGGAGAUGAUGAGUUUGUUCCCCUACGUAAAAGUUUGAAAAGAAAAUCUACAGGGAAAGAGGACAAUUUCAUGACCUCAUACUAUGAAGAGCAUGAAAAUGUCAAAAAUUUGACAGAUGAAGAUGUAGAUCAACUGAGAUGGCAUAAUGGUAUACGUGUCGAGGGAGAUAAUAUACCUAAUCCAAUCCAAACAUUUAGUAAUCUCAACUUACCAAUAGAACUUAAACAAUAUUUAGACAACAAGAAUUAUAAUCAGCCAACACCAAUUCAAAUGCAAGCUCUAAGCUGUGCAAUGAGUGGACGYGACAUAAUAGGAUUAGCAGARACYGGRUCGGGAAAAACAUUAGCAUAUACUCUUCCMAUGUGUAUGUUUCUUGCAUCUAGAGAGCCACGUAAACCUGGAGAAUCACCAGUAGCCCUUAUUCUAACACCRACACGUGAACUUAUGCAACAAGUUCAUGUUGAUGUAUCAGGUCUAUUGCAACAAUUAGUAAGUGAAAAAUUACGACAACCAUUGCCAUUCCAUGGCCAAUCCAUCAUGGGUUAUAAUCCACAUAUAAUGGUUAAUACUCCAUAUCAAGCUUACAUGACAGUUAACCCAGCCAUGCCGUAUAAAGCUGCAUACAAUCAACAGACAGACAGUAACUACGCUAGAUUUAAAGCUGUGCCAGUAUGUGGGGGUGUUCCAAUUUCAAACCAAAUUCAGCUCAUCAAGCAAGGAGCUGAUGUUGUUGUUGCAACACCUGGGCGAUUAAUUGAUCUGUGUGAGAGAGGAGCUCUAAGCCUGGACAAGGUUACCUACCUUGUAAUGGAUGAGGCUGAUAAGAUGCUUGGGAUGGGAAUGGAAGAACAGCUCAGAAAGAUUGUUGGAUUAGCAACAGGUACAGUAAGAGCAAGACAAACUUUGUUGUGGUCAGCAACAAUGCCUGAUUCACUAGAGAGACUAGCAAGAUCAGCUGUKCUYAAUCCUGUUAUCAUUCACGUUGGCCCUGGUGGACUUAUUGCACCUGGCAUAGAACAACGUGUAUCAUUUCUACAUCACUAUCAAAAACCACAAAAACUACUUGAAACACUGCGUACCACCCCUUACCCUCCRGUCAUAGUGUUCRCAUCUUCAAUACAAAAUGUAGAUUAUGUUACAGACCUAUUGAAAAAGGAACAAUUCCAUGCAUCAGGACUGCAUUCUGAGAAGGAUCAAGAGUAUAGAUUUAAAGUAGCAAAUGCAUUUAGGAAUGGAAAUGUCGAUGUGUUAGUGGCAACUGAUGUAGCCUCUCGAGGCUUAGACUUUCCAGAAGUCAGUCACAUUAUYAACUAUGAUCUUCCAAAUACAAUUGAGGAUUAUGUUCACCGGUGUGGCAGAACAGGGCGAAUGGGUCAUCCAGGAAUUGCAACAUCUUUUCUMACUUUGGAUUGUAAGAUUGCAGAGGAGCUUAAAGAAAUGCUUGAAAUCAUGGACCAACCUAUYCCAAAAGAACUUGAAAUGCCCAAACARUUUGGAAAAGCAAUCAUUAGAACUGAAUUUGGUGACAGACCUGUCAAUCUUUAAGAAAUAUUAAUUAUWUAAUAAUUUAUCAAUGUAUC